UUAUUUGUGAGAGCCUGGUCAAUAUUUGGCCAUCAUGAUGAAAAGCACCGACAAUGUGCAGUCAGUUGAGGAGGGGGGCGUGCCGCCUGACGCAUUAAUGCGCAUUAAUAUCUGGCACAAGAUACUCUUCUUUUUGUUGGGUUUGACCUGUGCCCUCACUGUUUGUGUGCUGAUUCGGUUGGCCAACAAACUGAAAGCCAAUGGUCAACUUGAGGAUGUGAUUCACUUCGAAGAGGGCUCGAUCCACAUCGGUCGCAGACUUGAUAAUUAGACACUCCUCGCACUAGACGUCUUUAACCAAUAUUUACCAACAUCAAACGCCUUCUGUUUAAAUAAAGCGCUAAUUGAUUGAA